CGUGAUUGGCUGGUGGGCGGAGUGAGGCUGAGGCGCCGUGCGUGGCUCCUCCCCGGCCGGCGGUGCGCAGUGCCCAGGGGCGGUGCUCGUGACAGCUCAUUCAUUUGUGGCGGCGGCCGGCGUGAUUGACAGCAGUUGGGGUCCAGUGACAGGCGGACACGCACGCCGCUCCGCUCUCAGUCGCCUCAUGUCGAUUGACGUGUUGACGCGCGGUGCAGGUACGGCGCGGUGCUAGACGGUGCAGUGCGGUGCGCGGGUGGGCGUGUAGUGACUCUUGCGGCGCGACAUUGUGGUGGUGUACCGAGUGAAGCAAGCACAGUACUCUUGGGUGACAUGGCUCAGCCUGCCAGGUACGACGACGCGCUGGGGCACUACGGCGGCGGCGGCGGCACGAACAUGGAGACCGUAGCCAACAUGUACAGCGACCCUCACCGCAGCGCGGCGGCGGCGGCGGCCCUGCAGCCGUCUCUCAUAAACCACAUGAACCACGUGGGCGGGGCCGCCCACAAUGCAGCCAUGUACGCCCAUACACAAGCCCCAAACCAUGUGGCGGCGAACCACGUGAUGGGCUCCGUUCCCGACGUGCACAAACGCGACAAAGACCUCAUAUACGGGCACCCGCUGUUCCCCCUGCUGGCGCUGAUCUUCGAGAAGUGUGAGCUCGCCACAUGUACGCCGCGGGAGCCCGGUGUGGCUGGUGGGGACGUCUGCUCCUCCGAAUCCUUCAACGAGGACAUCGCCGUCUUUUCCAAACAGCUUCGCCAUGAGAAGCCCUUCUACUACUCACAUCCCGAGGUUGACAGCAUGAUGGUUCAAGCAAUUCAAGUCCUGCGGUUUCACCUUUUAGAGUUAGAAAAAGUGCACGAGCUGUGUGACAACUUCUGCCACCGGUACAUAUCGUGUUUGAAGGGCAAAAUGCCUAUCGACUUGGUGAUUGACGAGAGGGAAGGCCCCAAGCCCGACAUGGGCACCGGGGACUCAAACAACAAUGCCGCGGCUGCCGCUGCCGGGCGGGCUUCGGCCGACACCACGCACACCGACGGCGCCUCCACUCCUGACGUGGGUCCCUCGUGGGAUUCAAGUGUUGACUCUAAAGGACCCUCCAAACACGACCAGCCUGAAUUCGCAUCGUCGGCGCUGCUGUGUAUGCCAAAGUUUGAGUGGACUAGUGGUGGUGAUGGUGGUAGCAGCUCUAAGCGGCCGCCGUCUUCGACAAUGUCGUACUCUGGGGGAGCGGGCGGGGAGGAUGCCCGAUCCCCAGGGUCGGGCGGAACCCCGGGUCCCCUCUCCCACCAGCCCUCCUCCCAGCAGUCGGGAGACAACACCAGCGAAGCAGUGUUUCCUACUCCAACAGGUGGGUCAGAACCUGCCACACUUGUACGUGGGAUGACAGACUCAUUAGGUGAGUAUUGGGACAAGAUGAAAGGGGUUCUCUCUGCUCCGCCUCACGGUAAGAAGAGCCCCGCUGGUCUGCACUCUCGCCUCUUUCAUGAGUUUGAAGGUGACGCCAGCAACGCGAGCAUCGGCUCAGGGGAAGGCACAGAGGAGGAUGACGACGCUUCAAAGAAAAAUCAGAAGAAAAGGGGCAUAUUUCCUAAGGUGGCCACCAACAUCCUUCGAGCCUGGCUCUUCCAGCACCUCACACACCCGUACCCCUCCGAGGACCAGAAGAAACAGUUGGCUCAGGACACCGGCCUAACUAUUCUCCAGGUCAACAAUUGGUUUAUCAAUGCCCGCCGGCGGAUAGUUCAGCCGCUCAUAGAUCAGUCGAACCGUGCGGGCGCCAGUGUGCCGCACUUUCCAGGUCCGGCUGGCGCCUACUCCCCCGAUGCGGCGUCCAUGGGCUACAUGAUGGACGGGCAGCAGCACAUGUUCCGCUCAGACCCCUACACCGACCAUGCCGCUGCCGCCGCCUACUACGGACACCCGGCGGCCGCAUACAACUACCCGCAUCAUCUAUAGGUCCGCGUGUAGCGGUCAAGUAGCGUGAGCGUGGUGUCCCUGAUGCCCUGAGCCACGAGCAGCCCCGCACCGAGAGUCCCCGAGUGUGGUAGUGUGGCGGCCGCCGGCGACAGAGAGGACUGUGGCGAGCCGGCGGCCGGUGCCCCCGCGGCGCGUGUGCGCCCCGCGUGGCGGCAGCGUCAGGGGAACUGUGUACAUAUUCUUGGUGUCUCGCGCGUUAACGUUUGUGAGGAGUGGACUGCCAGGGGUGAGAACAGUGGCGCGGGCUGGGCAGGGGCGUGGCAGGGCGGGGCCGGGCAGGGCAUGACACCCUCCCCGCCGCCGCCGCUACUGUUGUGGCUCAUCAUCAUCAUCAUCACCUCAACACCUCACCACCAGCCUGCGCGGGGCGUCGCUGCUGCAGCGUGACGUCACAAGCACAGCAGCAGCGGCAGUAACCUCCGAGGCGUCUCAAGGAUCAGCACCGGGAGCGGCUCCUCUCCGUGACGUCACGACACCACCACCACCACCGUCGAAAACCAAUGCGGCAGCAGCAGCAGCAGCAGCAGCAGCGCCGUCGGUGCGGCAGCCGCGCUAGCAGCAGGCCGCUGCUCCGCGGGCCUGCUGCCCCCAAGUGCCGUGCGUCGCAUGUACCGAGAGCCGAGAGUAACGUGAAAGUGAUAUGUAUAUUAUUGUGUUGCACCAGAACCCAGUUUUGUUCACGAGUCCGACCACCGCCGGAACCUGAAGGCGGUGCGGCGGUGACUCACGAGCCGCCAGUGGAAACAGCACAGGUGACGCAGCACCCCACCCCCCAGGCCCACACCGCCGCGACGCUCCGCAGGUCGGGUCAGACGUGACCUCAGAUGACCUGGCUCGCCUCUGUGACCCCAAACUCAGGAAAAGUGUGAUGGCAGAAUGACCCCGCACGGUGGUGACCUACAGUGCACACACACACACACACACACACACACACACACACACACACACAUAUCGCUCACUCAGAUCAUACAUUGUUUCCUGUGAUCUACUCCCAAAACACACACACACACACACACACACACACACACACACACACACACACACACACACCUUUCCGUUCCCCCUCCCCCACACCUACUACAGAGCCAGACGUGCAUUUUUGUUAUAGGAGAAAGAACAGGAUAAUGUGACGCUGUAUACGACUUGUGAAUCCUGUAUACGAUUGCAGUUAUCAUCUUGUAUAUUACGAGUUGUCUUCGGGUGACCCACCGGACUUGGACGCGGGAGCUUACUACUUCCGUGACUGUGUGGGGAAAAAAAGAGAGGAGAAGAACAACAGACUGACUAAAGGUUAAAAAAAAAAAAAGUAAUUAAUAUACCUCGAAUCUUUUUUUUUUUCAAACGGAUGUUACUAAGACUGUGGUCAGAGGAAAUCUAUAAGGAAAUAGAGACUACGGUGAUGAUACCAAUAAAUGUAAACGUUAAUGCUUUAGUGGUAAGAGUCCCUCCCUUCUUAUUCUCCUUCUCCUUCUCUCUCAUCUCGUUAUGCUCCUCUUCCUCCUCUUUUUUCUCUCUCUUCCUUCUUCUUCUAUCUAUCCUCCUCCCAAUCACCUUCCAUUUGUUUAUUUCCUUCUUUUCCUCGUUUUUUUCUUGUCCUCUUCCUCAUCUUCUUCCUAUCCCUCUUCUUCAAUCAUCUUACUUUUUUUCUUCAUUCUUUAUCCGUGUCCUCUCCCUCUUCUUUGGUUCUCUCUUCCUUAUCCUCUUCCUCUAUCACUCAUUUAUUCAGUCUUAUCCUCCUCACCUUCCUUUCUCUUCUUGAACAUUUUAUAUUCAUCUUUACCUUUCUUUUUUUUUUUUUUUUUUGUCCUCUUUUUUCCUCCACCUUCCAGUCCAGGAGGUCAGGUUCACGGAGGGAGUGUGUUGCCAUCCCCGAGUGACAACCCAACUUUAGGUAUACGUAUUGGGGGCAUCUGGCAACAGUGUGACCUUGAAAGGGACUCGCCGCUACUCCUACUUACCUUUGUAUCAUAGGUAACAUUUAAAUAAAUACACAAAAAAAUCCCUAAAAUAAAUAAAUCAAGAAGAAAGUUGAUACUGUUGUAAAAAAAAUAAUAAGAUAAAAGUAAUAUUAAUACUACUACUGAAUAAAUAAAUGAAUAAAUAACCCAAACACUUUUCACACCUGCAGCAAUAUCGAUAUUAUUUCUGUGAUGUUCUGUGUUAGGGCUGACCAGUGCCAUUGUAGAGCACCGGAGGCAGCCGUGCGGGAGGCGGUGGGCAGCAGUUUGUCAGCUGACUGUAGCGGCUGAUCGACCUGCUAACAAAAAAAUAAUAAAUAAAUAAAAUAAUAAAAUAAUGUUUCGCGCGCUCACUUCCGGCGACUUAAGAGGAUUGAGUACUGCUUUCUUUGUUUUAUUUCAUUCUAUUUUUAUUUUCUAUGUAUUGUUUGUUUUUAUUUUUAUCAUUUUUUCGUUUCCUCUCCCGUAUGAAGAGAAGUCUCCAGAUGAGUGGCGAGGACAGCAGGGCGAGGCGGGACGCGCGCCGCCCUGUGCUCAGCCUUCGUGGAAUCAGUGACUGAAGUGUUGAAGUGUCAAGGAGCUGAGUCGUGAAAACAGUGAAAAAAUUCCUCUGUUUCUCUCUCAUUUACACAAUCAGAAUGUUAUGGGCACGAGAAUUAUGGGAAAAAUUCAACUCAAAUUCAUUGAUGGAAAAGUCCAAAUUGUCGUGGUGUGGAGCAGCGGCGGCGGUCCGCGGGGAGCACCGAGGAAGACUUCCUUUCUGUUGCUUUCAUGGUAUUUAAUCCUCUUUCCAUAUUUUGAGUUCCAUUUUGCCAUAUAUUUUUGACCUGCUCAUUAUACGAAUUCUGAAGAAGGAAAACAACCGAAAUAGUUUAUCUUAUUCCUGUGCUGUUGUGUUGCCACAUUGUAAUCUUAUAAAGAUGUUUUUGGCGUCAGUGGACCCCGUAUGGUUAGGUAACUGUGUAGUAGUAAAACUCUAUCCGAUUUCUGAGCCGCUUUCCCUUGUUUUUUGUACAUACUGGACGUUCCCUCUGCCAGUGACUCUUCCCGUGACUGCAGUGUAGAGUGGCAUUUCUACAGUGGUUGUAUAUUUGUAUCCUAAAUUCAACUUCUCAUGAAGAAAACAUUGUUACAACAAAGUUCAAAAUGUCUGCAAUUCUGUAAAAUACAUUUUUUAGCUCUUAUAAUAGAAUCAUAAGAAUUUAGUUGAUUCGUUAUCGAAAUUCUUCUUUCCAGUCUGCAUUCAAUGAAAGCAUUAAAUGCUGGGUAUUGUGUAUAUGAUUUUUCCAAAAAUAAACGUGUUUUAAACUAUGGUCUUGAUAAUUCUCUUCUCCCUGAGCUUCUAACCAAACGUCUCGCAGCAGCGGCUUUUCUGCUCCACCACCACCACAGCCACACACGCCCGCCACCACGCACACACACACACCACUCACCCUUCACCUACAUCACUGUAUCCUCCUCACUCAGUCAAUCCUAUCCACACCGACAUACAUUCAGUCAGUAAUCAUGUGACAAUACCCAUACAUAAUAUUCGUCCACACCCAACACAAACAUGUGACAUAACAAGCGAAGCAGCUACUAAUGUACUUCACCACCUCAUCACUCUCCCUAACAGACAGCCAAGACUCAUCACAAGCCAGUACCAUGUAAACAAUAUACGGAGGACACCUAGUAUUCAUUAAUAAGAAAAUACAGAUUAAAUACACGUUCAAGAAGACCCAUCAUUAUGUCGAAGUAAGUAUCGAGGCAGUCACGUGACCAUUCGAGAUCCUGCCUGGCUCUAGGAUACCUGUGAGCCUCAGUGCGCAGCAGACUGUCGGCUGAGAAGGUUGAGUAAGUGUUCUUGAGUUAGUGAGUGUACUGGUGACCCGGGACGCCUGCCCUUGCUUGCUGGUGACCUUGCAGUGGCCCUAACCAGAGAGGGAAGGCACAAGAAAGAGGAGACACGAGUGACCACCAAAGGGACAGGAACACACAGUACACCAGAAACCCUAAUAUUAUAUCCAGGCAGUGAGGAGGCAGCGAAGACUUGAUCUGAUGAAGGACUGACGCUGUGUGAACCUCCUCGUGUUGCCUGGUGGAUGAAAACGCACUUCACUAAAUACUUUGGCACUCUGGCACUGUGACCAUCGCCCCUCAUCGUCCCUCAUCGCUCCCCAUCGGUCUCCAUCACCACGCCAGCAGGUUACACAGACGCCUGGCACCUCAACACGCUGUCAGGAGCAAAAAAGCAAGCGUCAAGCCACUCGUACCUCCAUCACCCCCAGGCCACUCCACAACACAGGGCGGCACCUCCACCCACUCCUAGGCCACUCCACAACCCCGGACGGCACCUCCACCCCCUUGAGCCACUCCACAGCACAUCCCCACCAGCGUCGUCUGGGUUGUGUGUUGGAAGCGGCUACUAGCAAGUGGUGGUCUCGACUCGCUGACCCGGAACAUGCUUCGAACUGAACUGAAAUCCUCGAUCAGGGAGAUGUACUCGCCACUUCGUUGACAGCUUCCGUGUGGGUGUGUUGUGGGUGACGCAGCCCCGCCUUCCGCUGCCUGGCCUGCAAGUGUGCGUGUCUCAUGUGUCCCCAGUGUGUGUUACGAGGAGUCUUCUGAAGAGAGCGGCAGUGUAACCACCUGUUCAGAAACGAGACGGCGGCGGACCAUGGCGAGGCUGACGUGACGCCCGAUCGCCCGGUGGUCCUCACUUCAGGAGGCGGAGAGGCUGGCGGCGGACAGUGGUGUGUGGACUGUCCUCAGGUAGUGCCUCACAAACCUGCAAACACACAUGCAGGAAGCAAGAUUAGUUUCACUGUUUACUGACAUACUCAUACAAUUAAAUACAAGAGUUAAAAGGCAAGUUAGAAGCUGUCAUGGAUAAAGAUGUAGUUGCCUCAACCUAUACUGUUGGUAGUGAGAGAGAGAUACUGACCAACUCAGGAGCACACAGGAAUGGUUCUUCACAAGCAUCAGAGUUGUACAAGACCCGUCUCCGUCUUGUUGUUGAGGCCUUCUUGCGACCUGUCUUGGUUUCAGCUUCAGCCUCUGGAUCUGGGUCUAGCUCUGGGAUAAUGUCUGCUUUGUUUGCCAUACUGAAAAGGAACAAUUGGUGUGUGAUGCAGGAAGAAAUGUGGGAUGCAAACACAAGGAAAACCAGAGACCAGUCCUUAAGAAGUCCUAGAUCAUCGUGUUCUUCAUUACAACUUCAUCCUAAUAAAAUCUGCGUUCCUUGUUUGUCAGACUUUGUGGACUUGUAGUGUUGCGAGUAACAAAGCUUCCUAGUGUUCUAAGUCAAAGACUCCCCACCAUAGUAAUUUUUUUUUUUUAUUUAUUUUUUUUUUUCUCUCGUCUGUCCUAGUUGUUCUCCGGAGAGUCUUUGAGGUAUUAUUACAAUACAUUCAAAUGUGAAUGUCCUAGUUGUCUCUAAUUUUUUUUUUAUUUUUUUUUUUUUCUCGUCUGUCCUAGCAUCUGUCCUAGUUGUUCUCCGGAGAGUCUUUGAGGUAUUAUUACAAUGCAUUCAAAUGUGAAUGUCCUAGUUUUCUCUGGAGAGUCUUUGAAGGUACCUCAGUUAUAUAGUACAUGCAAAUGUUCUCCAGAGUGCCUUAGGUAUUAUAUACAUGUGAAUAAAGUAUAUUAAUGUAUUAGCUAGCCUUUGAGGUAUUAUAUAAUACAUUAUUCUGUGAAUAAAGUAUGCUGAGCUUGUGAAUGCCUAA